AUGGUCUUCUCCUACGAACAUUACAUGAACUUGCUCUUCCAUCUGGAUCAUGCUAAGGAAAGUGUACCGCCUGAAAUCGCCAAGAGAAUAGUAUCCAAUGCCAUCGCCCCUGUCAUUACAGUGACUUCGACUCCACAACUUGAUAACCAUAUACAAGAAACUUAUAAUAUCGAUUCCUUGUAUAUGCUUCUUCGAUAUUUUGGAGGUUGUGUAUCUGACAGAGAUCAAGCAAACGAAUUGGUUGGGAAGCAAGAGCUUGAUGUCACUCAUCCUACAAAUCCCUCCAAUCCUGUUUCAUCUUUGAUCGUACCAUCUGGGCAACAGCAACCACCUUUGAAAGCUCGUAGGGGUAGGAGUAGAUCAAAUAGUCUUUUCCAAAGAGACUCCACACAAUCUCAAUAUAUUAGGUUCACAAAACCUAUAGAUGAUAUAGUCGCUAUCAAGAGUAGUAACGAUAUGUUAUUCGAUUAUCAUUCUUUGGAAAUAUAUCUAGAACAGUAUCUACAAUUAAUUGCUACAAAUACAAAUAAUUCAACUCCUUAUGAACUACUAAAAAAUUCAAUCUAUCAUAAUUUUUUCUCAUUGGCAAUUUCAUCAACUACGCAAUUAUCGCCAUAUGAAACGUUCAAUCAUCCAAUAGUCUCCCUAAUUGCAGUAGACAUAUCAAUGGGACAAACAUACGACGAUAUUAGAGAUCUUUUGGUCGAAUUUAAAAACCUUAAUACUACUACUCCAAAUUUCCCAAUAUUCAUGAACACAAAUGAUAUGUUGCCUAUAUUCUUAUUAUGUUAUGAUGCUAAUUAUCAAGAACAAUUCGAAAUAUGUCAAUCAUUGACGAAACGUCUGAAAAAACAAUUAUUUGUAGAGAGUCUCAUAUUACCAUUAUGGAAUGAACAAUAUGAAAUUGAUAUCAAAGUAGAUUUACAUCAACCAAUUAUGUCCUCCUUGGAAGAAAUGAUUUAUUUCCUGCAGACUCCAUUCUCUGCCAAACUGUCAAUCUCACUAAUCAAUUCCAUAUAUAAUAUUCUAGAUAGUCUAAUCUACGACCUUAUGCUCCCCUUUAUGAAACGCAAACUUUUAUUCUGGGAAGAAACAAUACUCCAACCAAGAAGAUCCCUAUUCCAUGGUGCCAAAUUCCUAAAGAAAUUCAUGACUAAAAACAACAAUGGUCCCCAAGAAAAUAUUCUCACGAAAGAUAGCGAGGGGAACGAAUAUUUUGCAUUCUCAUCCACUGAAUUACUAAUGCGUAAAUUAGCAGAUUGGUCCAUGAUGAUAUCAGAUUUCAAAACCGCAUAUUCCACAUACGAAUCAUUGAGUCGUGAUUUGGACACCUUUCCAAAAUAUUUAGCAUCGUGCUUAGAAUGGUGUGCCACAUCGUUAUUAAUGGGGGCUCAAAGUAUAGUCACAGUGAAAAUGAUUAAAAAUGAUAUAAAUCCAUUGAUUGAACGUGCAUUACAAACCUACGAGAAUUGCGCAAUAACAUUAAUUCAAGAUACUACGAAUAAAGUCUUUGCAGAACAGUCAGUGGAACCUCUUCGUUCAUACGAGACAAGAUGUAUGAUUCUGUUGUCAGAAUUGUUUUUAUCUCUCAGUGAUACUUGGACUUCUACACCUUAUGCUAUUACGUAUUUGGAGACUAUCUUAACGGAAUGCAAGUUGGGACCUUGUUCACAAAUACAAAUAUGGGAAAGGCUCAGUGAUUGUUAUAAAUUAAGAAUUGAUCCAAGGAUAAGAUAUAAGAUAAACGAUACCGCCACUACUACAACUACAGUUACUACGACGACGGCGGACAAGGUAGUGGCAACACCCAGCACAGACAAACCAAAAACCAUUCAAUGGGAAUCUGAUUUAGAAUCGAAAUUGGGUUCAGGUAAAAAUAUAUUAUCCAAAGGGUUCACUAGAAGGAGGAAAUCUGCGUUCUUUAGGUUAAUUGCAGCCAAAAAAUGGGCUGAACAAAAGCAAUGGCGUCAAGUAGCAUGGUGCUUGAAAGAUAUGGAAAGUAUAUAUGAUGCCACUGAUCUUGGUAAACGAGAUGAUUUAAUAGUAGCAAAACUAAGGAACCUAUUAGAUGAGAAUAUUGGUGGUGAUGAUGGAAAUUUUAAACUGAAAGAUGAGAAACUAUCUGCCGAUCACAUCGAGGUCUCUUCAUAG